AUGAACCAACCAAUUGAGAGAGCCAAAAACCGAUUCCAAGGAACACCUAAACCAAUGCCAGGAAACUUCCAGCAAGCUGAACGAACGCCACUUACCCAAAGAACUCAACUGAAAUGUUUCAAAUGCAACCAAAUCGGACAUGUCUUCAGUCAAUGUAGAAAUUUUCAAACACCCAGCCAACAUCCGCGACAACGAAAAAUCAAAUUGCUACGAAAAACAAUUGACGAAAUCGAGUUAAGAAAACUGUUAAAGGAGACUAUUAAAGAAGCUACUAGUCGGAAUUAUCAGGGUAGUUUAGUUUCUAAUAAUUUGAACAAAAGCUUGGAGAAAACAGACGUUACUGUAGGAAAUGAAGAAAUGGUUUUGAAAGAAUUUUCAAAAGAAUUGCAGUCUAAUGUAGAAGAUUCUUAUGAAAAGAAAGUAUCAAUUGACACCGCUUCACAGGAUUAUAUUUUCAUUAAAACAGACUUAAUGUUUGAUGUCAAUAGCUCGACAGAAUACCAGAAAGAGUCUGUGAAACGAAGGAAAGAAGAUAUUGCAGCAUUGUAUAAUGACUUGUCACCAUCCUCGUCACAAGAUACUCAAAAUUUACAAGAAUGGUUUGACAAA